AUGGAAUCUGUCGGAUCCAAUCAGAUAUCGCCGUACGUCAGUAACCGAGACCAACGGCAUCUCUUGGCUCAGCCGGUGACAGACCGGAUCAUUAGAGCUCUCCGUCAUCGGAUCCGCCUCCUCCACCGUCCAAGUGGGGCCACUUUUCACGUCCUCGGCGCCACGUGUAACGUCUACACCGUGACGCUAACGGUCACACCGACUUGCACUUGUCCCGAUCGUAAGAAGCCGUGCAAACACAUCUUGUUUGUCUUAAUCCGAGCUCUUGGUAUCCCUCUCGACGACAAGUGUCUCCGGCAACGGAGACUCCGGCCAUGCCUCCUCUACCGCCUCGUUUCAGCCCCCACACGACCUGACUGCCUCGCUAGUUUCCGCCUCCAGCAACGGUUUCUUCAGCUUUUCGCCACCGCUGCGUCUCAUUCCGGCGACACCAACUCCUCCUCCACGGGUAAAAUGGAAAAUGAGAUUGCAGAAGAACCAGCCACAUGUCCAAUAUGUCUAGACGAUAUAAACGCCAUUAAAAGCGUAAACGGUGAAUAUGGCGGAGGCGAGGAGGAGGAAAGAGCGGUGGUGAAAUGUAGAGUUUGCAAGAACAAAGUGCAUGAAGAAUGCAUGCUGGCGUGGAGGACGAGUCGUGGACGGCGGCCGGCGAUAUGUGUGGUCUGCCGUGCACGGUGGCGACGCAAUAAUGCUAGUACGAGUCCUAAUGUUGGUGGUACUCACGAGAACUGCUACGGUAAUUGUUACUUGAAUCUUGCUCCUUAUAUUGAUGAGGAGGAGGUGGAGGAUGGGGUUGGCACGAGCCAACGGCCAUGUUGA